AUCGCCCUCCCCGCAGCCUGACAGCGGCAGCUCUCGGGGACCAGGCCGCUCUUUUCCACCUACCGGCGCCAUUUGGAGCCUGGCGUCGGGGUGGGGAAAAUACAGAAAUGACACGCUUUUCCCCCCCCACAAAAAAAAAAAAAUCUCUGUGGUUUCUCAGCUCGGGGCUGGCUGAGACCCAGCACCGUGACGGGCAGCUGAGGCCUCACACUGGGGCGUGGAGCUGGUCUUGCCCCCAUGGUGCUGCCCAAAAUGUAGGGGGGAGCAUAGCUCCCCACCCGUAUGUGACCCCCCCAGCAGCCCCGGGAGCCUGGCCCGGGGGGGUUUGGGGGGGUCUGGGCUACAGGGGUAGAGCUGGCAGGCACAGGGUGACCCAGGUGUCCCCUUUGGUGUCAGAAACCUCACAUGGAAGCCAACCCAGCCCUGGUGCCUCCCCAGACGGGCUCAGCUGCCCCUUUGUGGGCUUAAAACCAGUGGGAAGGGGCAGAUUUUUCUGCAGUUUUGGAGGGGAGGGGUUCCCUCCUCGACGUUGGAGUGACAUCGUUGUCCUGCGACAGAAGCUGGUGGCCGGAGCGAACUGGGCUCGCCCAUUGUCAGAGGCCGGUGGCUGCUUGGGAGCGGAUCCGGUGUCGUUUGUGGCACAGGGAGGACAAACCACGCUGGCCGGCCUCUCCCCUCCGUGGGAACAGCCCUCAUCUUUGGCGGGAGAGUGUUUCUCCUCCGUUUUUUCCAGGCGGUCACCGCUGCCGCUGCUCUCCCGGCGUUUUUAUCCGGCGCUGACGUCAUCUUUCCAUGAGUUUCCCCUUGGCAAACGGAGCUUGAGCCGUUCCAAAGGGCCAACUGGGAUUUAUGGCUUCUGGCCUUCACCAGGAUGGAUGGAUCAGAGAGGCUGGUUGGCCUCAAAACCGGUGAUAAAGUUUAGGGGGGACCCAGGGAUGUUUGCUGCUGGAGAUAAAGGCCCAGGGGGGCUCCUGAGGGCCCCGAGCAGCACCCAUGGCUUGUCACCUACCCCCAGACACGGCCACUGGCACAGUGCUGGAGGGCUGGAAGGUGUCGCCCCCUGAGGUCAGGGGGAGAGAGCUCUCUCUUCCAGGCCUUGUGGGGUGCUCAGGGCGCUCCCCACUCUCCUGGGACUGUCAAAACCCAUUUUGCCUCUUCUGUGACUAGUGUGAAGCUGCUCCAGGGAGAGCCGGGAGGUGGUGAGAGGCAUGGGGGUCCCUGGGUCACCCCCUCUAGGGUGGCUCUGUGUGUGUUCGGGCUCCUGGGGGACACGUUUCCCAUCACCUAGAGUCCCAAAGCCAAGGCUGUGAUGUCCAUGGGACCAGGAAGCGGCUGGAUAUGCGAGAGGAAGACCCAAGUGCUGCCAAGGUCUUCUCCAGAGCGUGACUAGGGUCUUGCCAGGAGGAGAGUACAACCCCGGGAGCCAAGGGGUGAUGGGGGGAGCAGCCCCCACACGUCUCCCAUCGCUGCCGGUGCUGUUUCAUGUCUCUGGGCCAUCCCGGCUUUACCGAAACCACCCAGAGCGGAGCCACGGGACGGAGCAUGGAGGGCCCAAGCGGGCCUGGAGGUGUUAGCAAGGAGUGAUGGCUGCCUGGGGAGGCUGUGAGCUCGAGGAGAGCGGUGGGGGGAACAUGAGGCUGGGGGCUGAUGUGUCGUGGCUAAAAAUAAGGGUUCGAGCUGCCAUUGGGUUUCCUCUCUCUGUCCUGAUACUUCUCCCUCGACUUGUGCAGGUACAGCCCAGGAGGCAGAGCUGGCCACACUGCAGGGUAAAGGGUUGGUUUUAGGCCCAGUUCUUCUCUCCGUCCCUUCUGGGGUCUUGGUGGAUGUUGGGAAUGAAGAUCUAGCAGGAGUGGGGGAGAACAGGAACUCUGUGGUGGCAUCUGGGAGCUCCCAGCGUCGCUGGAGAUACUGGGAGGGAGGGCUCCAUCUUCCCAACGCCUGGCUGAAGGAGCAGGGUGCGGUUUCAUGCUGCCCUAAAAAACUUGGACUGAGACCAAAGGGGAAGAGCAGGACACAGAAAAUGAGGAUUUGAGGGGGCUGGGAAGCAGGACAGGGCCUGGAAUUGCACAUGGGCAGUCGAGCUGUACCUGGAGCCCUUCGUCUCUCCCUGCUGGAAGAUGCUGGCGGUCGUUCCAUCGACACUGGUGCGGGGAUUUUUGUGGAAGAAACCAUUUUAAGCGCUGUUUGGCCCCUGCAACGCUUCACCAGUUAAUUAUCGUGCUCCCCGGCCAGAAGCCUGGUAAGAGAUAAUCUGCGUGAAGUCCAGCAGUCGCAAAGUUUAUUAUUUCUCCUUAACGAAGAUAAGAGCGCGUGUUUUCAAAAGCAAUUAGUGGUUUUGCGUUGCUGUCGCCGUAGUAUCUUUUAAAGCAGCCCAGCUUUUCUUUCUCCUGGGAGGUGAGAGCUGAAGCGCUGCUGAAAAUCCCUGCAAGGGGGGUGUCCUGAGGCACUGGGGGUGUCUGAGCCCCCGGUGCUCUGCCUGGAAAUAUUUUUGUGGAUAAAAAUGACAUUUUUGCAGGUAAAGGCAACAUUUUUGCAGGUAAAGGUGCCAUCGGUCCCUGCUCCGGCCAUCGGUGCCGCAGGGGGGCAGCAAUUCCUUCUGCAAGGCAGGCAAAAAAAAAAAAAAAAAAAACACCACCCUGCUGAAUUUUGCAAACUGCAU